GGAGCCUUCCGCUGAGCAGUCCUUUGCUUCUGGUCGUCUACCACCUCCCCAUCCCCAGCUCCCAAGUCGCAGCUCUUCCGGCCAUGGCGGCGGCGGCGCAGAGGCUCCUCGCGGCGAGCACGAAGAUCGUCGGGGUCGGGCGGAACUACGUCGCCCACGCCAAGGAGCUCGGCAACCCCGUCCCCAAGGAGCCGGUGCUGUUCCUCAAGCCGACCUCGUCCUUCCUCCACGCGGGCGUGGCCACCGCCGCCGUCGAGGUGCCCGAGCCGCUCGAGUCGCUGCACCACGAGGUCGAGCUCGCCGUCGUCAUCUCCCGCCGCGCGCGCGACGUGCCCGAGGCCUCCGCCAUGGACUUCGUCGGAGGUUAUGCGCUUGCUUUGGACAUGACAGCAAGGGACCUUCAGUCUGUAGCUAAGUCUGCAGGUCUUCCUUGGACUUUGGCUAAAGCACAGGAUACCUUUACUCCAAUUAGUGCAGUGGUUCCAAAAUCAGCUGUCCCUAAUCCCGAUGAUCUAGAGCUCUGGCUAAAGGUGGACGAUGAACUCAGGCAGAAAGGGCCUACAAGCGAUAUGAUAUUCAAGGUUCCUUUUCUAAUCAGCUAUAUCAGUUCGAUCAUGACAUUGAUGGAGGGUGAUGUGAUAUUAACCGGUACUCCUGAGGGUGUAGGCCCUGUCCGAAUUGGACAGAAGAUCAAAGCUGGUAUAACUGGCCUCAUCGAGGCCGAGUUUGAUGUUCAGAGGCGCAGUCGGACAUUUUCUCCAUGAUGUAGCAAUCAAGAAACUAUGAUCUGAAUGUAACAUUGGAUUUGAUCCGAUCGUCGACCUGUGCUGUCUACAAGCGAAACCAGAGUGCAGUCACGACUGCCUUGUAACUGUGAUUCCGCGCACCAUUCUGGAGUCUCCCAUUACGUGUACGAUUCUUUUAAGCUGGAAGUAUUUAUGGUCAGUAGGCCGAACACACAAUGCUUCCACAACUUUGUUGGUACAAGCAUCUUGUGUUUCUGUUAGAUAAAGCUGUAAUGUCCCUCAUUCUGCAACAUGUGGUUGAAAACACAUUCAGUUUAUGUUGAAUAAAUCGUCGCUUUUCCCAGUUUUAA